AUGUCGAUGUUCCGUGCAAAGAAGCUGGAUCUGGGAUGUUUCGUCAACAUCCGGACGAUUCGUGACCACACGAAGCGCCAGGUCUUUAUGCAAAACGAGCCCGAGAGACAAGCUCUCCGAUACAUUAUCCAGAACACGACUCUUCCCGGCCGUGUGCGCGCCGAGGCGCAGCUUCAGCUGGGUCAGAUGCACUGCUACACCCGGCCGACGCAGAUCAAGAACCGAUGCAUUUUGGGUGGCAAGGCCAGGGGUGUCUUCCGCGACUUCAAGAUGACGAGAUUCAACUUCCGUAUGCAAGCGUACGAGGGUAACAUUCCCGGUGUUAAGAAGGCCAGUUGGUAG